CUUUCACAUGUGCGCAUAAUUCGGGGAAGCAAUGUUAAAGACCAAAAAAAAUCCAAAAUAAUUUAUUUUCCUUAAUCAAAAGAAACUAAAAGACUGUGAAAUUAAUUUUUAGUAAACAGUAUGGAUCGACAAAGUGGUUACUUGAAUGUUUUCCCCUCGGUUGAUCCUGGCAUGAUGCAAUAUGGCUCAAAUAGUGGCGUUCAAAGCAUAUCACCAUACUUAAACGUUGAUCCAGCAUUUUUAAAUCAGUCACCUGAAUGGAUAUUUCCUGAAGGAGCAUCGAGACUGCGUGGUAGAUUUGAAUUAGCAUUUUCACAAAUUGGCGGAGCUAUCAUGACAGGAGCUGUAAUUGGAGGUGUACAAGGCUUUCACAGUGGCUGGAAGCAAAUGGCUUCGAUGGAACAAACCCUCAGUGUCAAAAGAACUCAAUUGUUGAAUCAUGUAUUAAAAAGGGGUGCAGGAGUGGCUAAUACACUUGGUGUUGUUGGAUUAAUGUACAGUGGCUUUGGGGUAAUAUUUUCCUAUGCCAGGGGAAUGGACGAUGAAUUGAACACAGUCGCUGCAGGAACAGCUACGGGUUUGCUAUACAAGUCUACAGGUGGAUUAAAGAAAUGUGCCCGAGGUGGUGCAAUAGGUUUUGGUUUAACAGCUCUGUAUAGUUUGUGGAGCAGCAAAGACAGACUAAGACAAAUGCUAGACUUAUAGAUUAAAGAAAUUAAAUUAAUUUGUAGAUGGACUGUUUUGUAAUUUGCUUCCCAAGUUCUGGGAACUGACGCAUUGUAAUUUAGAUCCACAACAAACAUGCUGACUUAAGAUGGUUUUCUUACGUUCAAUUUUAUUUAUUACAAUAAAACCUGAGUCUUUAUGUUUUACAAUUGCAUUUGUCAUUAAAAGAAAUUUCAAAUCAUGUAUAUUUAGCUGAUGUAAAAAAAACUGGUUUAACACAUUAAAGAUUUUACUUGUUU